UAAUUUGUUUCGCAAAAAUGGUUCUGCAUUCUCGUUGAAUUUUCAACCACUUACGGAAGGUUCUUCAAAUUGACAGGAAAGAUGUUAUUGGUGAAGGUCUCAAUUUAAAUAACUAGUUAUUUGCAAGCCACUGAUUCCUCUUUAACUGCACAUUAGAAUGCCGUCGUUGAGGCGGCUGUCUGGAAGAGAGCGCAUCCCACGAGAAUUUGUGUGGCAAUUUACCUAAUGAACUUCUCUCAACUACCUUUGGAGCUUAUAGACGAAAUUCUGAAGCAUUUAGACGCGAUUUCUUUGGCUAAAUCAAGGCAAGUCUGCCGCACAUGGCUAGCGUUGCACGCACAGCCUAAAUAUAAACAGUUAUGGAGACAAGCUUGUGUUCAUGAUAUUGGAUACGAUGUUCUUGUAGAAAUAACUGGAGAUAGAACAAUAUUCUCAGACAACCAUCUUGGACAUUCAAGUGCUGCUGGUGAGGAAGGCUAUCAGAAAACCUACAACAUCGAUUGGAAGGCCAUUUAUCAAAGGUGGUUCAGAAGCCGUCAUAUUGGAAAAUGGCCUUGUAUGAUAACUGAACUCGAAGGACAUUCAGGCCAAGUCCUGGAUGUGAAAUUCUCUGGGGACAGAGUUGUGACUUGUGGUGUUGAUGGUGUCAUUUGUAUUUGGGACGGGUGGACAGGAUGUUGUGUCUUGGUUCUCAGAGGCCAUCUUGAUUCUGUAACCUCCAUAUCCUUGAGGCAAACACCAGGUCUAUGGAAAAAUCCCUCAGAUACCCCCCAUGAUCUUCUUGCAUCAGGCUCCAGAGACUGCUCAGUUAAAAUCUGGAACAUGAAGGAAGGGUCUGGUGUUGCUGUAGCAACCUGUCAUGGCCACAAUGGUCCCAUCAACUGCGUCAGUUUUGGAGACAACUCAUUUUUGGCCUCUGCUUCAGAGGACUGUUCUGUUAGGAUAUGGCGCAUUAGCACAGGUAAUUGUACUUGUUAUUACACACUGAGUAAUUUAGGUGACUGGGUGGAACACACAAGACUUUGGGGAUCUGAUACUCUGCUAUAUGUCACAGUAAAUGGCAAGCUGGCUUUGUCGUCCAUUGCAGAUCAACAAAUAUUGUCAUCUAUUAGACUAAAAGCAUCCAACCCUUUGCUACCCAGAGUUCAUGGUGCUGUCCUUAGAGGGCAGAAUGUGCUUGUUCUAACCGCUCUUAAUGGUCUCUUUUUUUGGGAAAGUAACUCAAACAACAGCAUCUUGAACAACUUUCCAGUGAUUGGUCCAUGUUCUACUGGUGUUGUACGUGGAACAUGUUUGGCCAUGCAUGGAGCCUUGGUCACUGUAGGAACCAGUUCUACUGGAGCUGUGUACAUCUACCACCUCGACGGCAAAUGGGGGAAUCAGUUUAACAAGAUCCACUGUGUGCUUCAAGUAAAUAAAUCUGCAGUCAAUGCUGUUUCAAUUGAUGAUGAUGGUCAAGGUCCCUGUCUUGCAGCUGCAGGGGACGACGGCAUCGUCAAAGUUUAUCGCUGGUUUCCACCAAGUGUUUAAACCAAAGCUGAGACACACUUAGGCAACAAGUUGCUGAGAAUCACAGCAACAGUUUGAUUCACGUGCAUGGUGAAUUUACUUGAAAAUGCUUGUCCCAGCAAUAUAGUUUUGUUGCCUUAAAAGGAUGACUUGCUGUGGAAUGUAGAAUGGAUACCUUACAGCAAAACAAUGUAUUUACACAACCAUUUUCAUUUUAUUAAAAUCACAAUUGAAGCAGAAUCAAGUUAUAUUUUAAUAAUGAUGAUUACCUACACAUCAUGAGAAAAGAACUUGUUAGAUAUUCAUAAUUCAAAGCAAAAUAUGAACAGGUUUGUUUCAACAAUAAUUUUUGUUAAUAUUGUGGCUUAAAAAGCCAAUUUUUGUUCCAGCAAAAAGAGAUUUAAACACCAUAAGUUGUUAGACAGACAAUAGCAAGGGAUCAUGCAACAGUUAGGAACUUUUAACUCCUAAGUUGAACAUAACAAAACUUACUUAUUGUGUUCCUUCUGAAAAUUACAUUAACUGGAAACUAACUACAGCAGCAAGCUCAGCUAUCAUUCUAUGCAACAUGGCUAAUAAACACACCAAAAUAACUCAGUAUUUCACCAUUAUUUUUUUAGAAUUUAAGACAGUUAAUACAUAUCUGCCUUUGGUUUUUUUGUUAUUCAUUAAAUGGAACAAAUCAUUGGUGACACCUUUUAGCAUAAUUCAACCAAUCAACUCGGUUACUGACAAACUUCCAAAAACUGAAUGUACCAGAAAUACUUCCAGAUAGGAAGAAAACAGUUAUGAUAUGAGAUACAUGUAAAUGAACUGUGGGCAGCAGUGAUCAUGAUUAGUUAAUUGUUUUGUGUUAAUCUCUCCACAAACUUAGCACAGUUCUGUAAAAUAGUUAAGGUGUUCACAGUUUUCUUAAUCUGCCAGCAAUACAAUUUAUAAUAAUUUUUCUUCACACAAAUAUCCUUUCCCUAUCCCACUGAGUUCACAGGGAGCCCCUAGUUGGGAUAUGUAGUAAACCUCCUAACAAUUUCUUAAAAAAAUUAUAUACAAAAUUUAAAUAAGUAUCCAAAAAUCUGCUGAUGGUUUUUUUUUGCUCUACAGCCUCUGGUAAUGUAGAUGUGCAAUAGAUGAGUACAUAAAAUUCUACCAAUGCUCCUCUGCACGGCCAAACUUGAACACAAUUGCACUG